UACUAGCAGCAGCAACAGGGAACCAAAUUUAAUUGAAAUUCUGUUAAAUUGGUUUCUCGCUUAAAUGCAGUAUAAAAAGGUUGAUGACAACAUAGAGCCUCCCACCUGGGAUGCCGGGGAUAGCAAGGAUUGGACACUGCCCAUCAAGCCACUGGAGGAGAAGUGGAAAUUGCUGCCGGCUUUCCUGCAAGUCAAGGGACUGGUGAAACAACACAUUGAUUCCUUCAAUCAUUUCAUCAAUGUGGACAUCAAGAAAAUUGUCAAGGCCAAUGAAAUAGUGACCAGCGGAGCAGAUCCACUGUUCUAUCUCAAAUAUUUGGAUGUACGUGUCGGCAAACCAGACAUCGAUGAGGGAUUUAACAUAACCAAGACGACCACGCCGCACGAGUGCCGUCUGAGGGACACAACCUACUCGGCUCCUAUCACUGUGGACAUUGAGUACACAAGGGGCACUCAACGCAUCAAACGAAAUAAUAUGUUGAUCGGAAGGAUGCCCCUCAUGCUGAGAAGCUCAAAUUGUGUGCUGUCGGGUAAAACUGAAUUUGAGUUGUCCAAGCUAAAUGAGUGUCCAUUGGAUCCAGGUGGUUACUUUGUGGUGCGUGGUCAGGAGAAAGUCAUACUCAUUCAAGAACAGUUGUCUUGGAACAAAAUGCUGACCGAAGACUUCAACGGCGUCGUCCAAUGCCAGGUCACAUCUUCGACUCACGAGAAGAAAUCAAGAACUCUGGUUCUGAGCAAGCAUGGACGCUAUUAUCUGAAGCACAACUCCAUGACAGACGAUAUUCCCAUUGUUGUUAUAUUCAAGGCAUUGGGCAUUGUCUCGGAUCAGGAGAUAAUGUCACAUAUAGGUGUGGAUCCUCAAUCCCAGAAUCGUUUUGGUGCCUCUUUGCUGGAGGCUUUCAAUCUGAAGAUAUUUACCCAGCAGCGUGCUCUAGAUUAUAUGGGCUCCAAGUUGGUAGUGAAGCGUUUUCAGAGUGCCACCACAAAGACACCCCCGGAGGAGGCGCGAGAUCUCUUGAUGACAACCAUUUUGGCCCAUGUGCCAGUGGACAAUUUCAACUUUCAAAUGAAAGCCAUCUAUGUGGCACUAAUGGUGCGCCGUGUCAUGGCCGCAGAGCUGGAUAAAACUCUUUUCGACGAUCGGGAUUACUAUGGCAACAAGCGCUUGGAAUUGGCUGGAUCAUUGAUAUCCCUGAUGUUCGAGGAUCUCUUCAAGCGCAUGAACUGGGAGCUCAAGAUGAUUGCCGAUAAGAACAUCCCCAAGGUGAAGGCGGCUCAAUUUGAUGUGGUCAAACAUAUGCGAGCAGCCCAAAUCACAGCUGGUCUGGAAUCGGCCAUAAGCUCAGGAAAUUGGACCAUCAAGAGAUUUAAAAUGGAACGUGGUGGAGUGACACAGGUUUUGUCACGUCUCUCAUACAUUUCCGCCUUGGGCAUGAUGACGCGUGUGAAUUCACAAUUCGAAAAGUCGAGAAAGGUUUCGGGACCCCGUUCCCUGCAGCCCAGUCAAUGGGGCAUGUUGUGUCCCUCCGAUACACCCGAGGGAGAGGCUUGUGGUCUCGUCAAGAAUUUGGCUCUGAUGACUCACAUCACGACGGAGGUGGAUGAGCAUCCAGUCAUGAUUUUGGCUUACAAUGCCGGCGUCGAGGAUAUACGGGAAGUUAGCGGCAAUCCCAUUAAUAAUCCUCAUGUAUUUCUGGUCUUUAUCAAUGGCAAUGUUCUCGGCCUGACCCUGAAUCAUAAGCAUUUGGUGAAGAACAUGCGAUACAUGCGAAGGAAGGGCCGAAUUGGCAGCUUUGUGUCCAUACAUACAUCCUACAGUCAGCGAUGCGUAUUCGUUCACACGGAUGGAGGACGACUAUGUCGUCCCUAUAUCAUCGUGGAGAAGUGUCGUCCUUUGGUCAAGCAACAUCAUUUGGAUGAACUACAGCGUGGCAUAAGAAAAUUCGAUGAUUUCCUCUUGGACGGCCUUAUAGAAUAUCUCGAUGUGAAUGAGGAGAAUGAUUCGUUUAUAGCCUGCUAUGAGGAGAAUAUAAAUCCAACAACAACUCAUCUGGAAAUCGAACCCUUCACACUGUUGGGUGUGUGUGCAGGAUUAGUCCCAUAUCCGCAUCACAAUCAGAGUCCUAGGAACACCUAUCAAUGUGCCAUGGGUAAACAGGCCAUGGGCAUGAUUGGCUACAAUCAAAAGAAUCGCAUCGAUUCCCUUAUGUACAAUUUGGUCUAUCCCCAAGCACCCAUGGUCAAGUCCAAGACGAUUGAGUUGACGAAUUUUGAUAAGGUUCCAGCUGGACAGAACGCCACUGUGGCUGUGAUGAGUUACUCUGGCUAUGAUAUCGAGGAUGCAUUGAUUCUUAAUAAGGCUUCCAUUGAUCGUGGCUAUGGUCGCUGUUUGGUCUACAAGAACUCUAAGUGCACAGUGAAACGUUACGCCAAUCAGACAUUCGAUCGCAUUAUGGGUCCUGUGAAGGAUGCCCUGACAAAUAAGGUGAUCUUCAAGCAUGAUGUCCUAGAUACCGAUGGUAUUGUCUCACCGGGCGAACAAGUGCAGAACAAACAGAUUAUGAUCAAUAAGGAAAUGCCAGCGGUGACCUCCAUUAAUCCGCUGGAGGGUCAAUCGCCACAGGUGCCUUAUACAGCAGUUCCCAUUAGCUAUAAAGGAUCCGAGCCAAGCUAUGUGGAGCGUGUGAUGGUCUCUGCCAAUGCUGAGGAGGAUUUCCUGAUAAAAAUUCUGCUCCGUCAAACGCGAAUCCCAGAAAUUGGAGACAAAUUCAGUUCCCGCCAUGGUCAGAAAGGUGUCACUGGACUUAUAGUGGAUCAGGAGGAUAUGCCAUUUAAUGAUUUUGGCAUUUGUCCAGAUAUGAUCAUGAACCCUCAUGGUUUUCCCUCUCGUAUGACAGUGGGCAAAACGUUGGAGCUUUUGGGUGGCAAGGCUGGUGUCCUGGAGGGCAAAUUCCAUUAUGGCACUGCAUUCGGUGGCUCCAAAGUGCAGGAUAUCCAAGCAGAAUUAGUUCGUCAUGGCUUCAAUUAUAUGGGCAAGGACUUCUUCUAUUCCGGCAUCACAGGCGCCCCAUUGGAGGCUUACAUCUACUCCGGUCCGGUCUACUAUCAAAAGUUAAAGCAUAUGGUUCAGGACAAAAUGCAUGCCCGUGCUCGAGGACCUAAAGCAGUGCUCACCCGUCAACCCACUCAGGGUCGCAGUCGCGAAGGUGGUUUACGUCUCGGUGAAAUGGAGCGGGAUUGCCUCAUCUCGUACGGCGCCAGCAUGUUGAUAAUGGAGCGUCUGAUGAUCUCCUCCGAUGCCUUCGAAGUGGAUGUCUGCCGCAUUUGCGGUCGUUUGGCCUAUUGCUCUUGGUGCCACUUUUGUCAGUCAUCAGCUCAUGUCUCAAAAAUAUCCAUGCCUUAUGCCUGCAAGCUCCUAUUCCAAGAACUGACCAGCAUGAAUGUAGUACCCAAAUUGAUCCUGGAAGAUUACUAGAUACUAGUUACUGUUAUUUAUGUUAAGCCAAUGAGUUGACCAUGAAAUAAAUGAUUGUUCUUUAUACUUAA